AUGAACUUUACGCAUCACCAAAACGCAGGUAAAAAUGUGGAUUUAAGAUAGGAAAACGCACAGAGAGGCUUUUGGGUUGCACCCUCUCUCUCCCUCUCUUACUCACACUCGCUCACUCUCUCUCCUCUCGCGCAUACACGGUUGGGAAAAUCUGGGUUUGAUUUUAAUGGGGAGUAGCCUACUCGGGGCACGCUUUACAACCCAUGGAUGUACUGGACGGUUUUCAGUUGGUUUGAGCUGCGGGAGCGAGUGGGUGCAGAGGUCCAUCUCUUGGUGUCUCCUCACUUUCAAGAGUGUUACAGCGUUUAUUUUUUUUUCCUUUUCUACCUUGAGGCGAGCGUAAAAGCACGAGACUCUUCGGCGUCUUCAGGGGACGAUUUCUGACUGAAGGAAGUCUCAAAGCACAUUUUUGUGGAUGUCAGGGGACGUCCUUUUAAACUCCGAGACUGCACGACUUCAGGGAAGGGCCAGUCUAAAGUGAGGGGCCACUGAGCUCAGACACUCUCCCUCCAUUGACCCAAAACUAUACACACACAUAGGCGAAAUUCAAACACAUACAGUCAGAACUGCACAACCACACUCCCAUUACACCUGCAGACUUUUUGACACAGAGUCAUCUGUGCAAUAACUGGGACACAAACUCUCACAUAGGCCCUCUGAGCAGGAUGAGGGAACCCUGGAGGUGGCUGCUGGGCCUGUGCCUCCUGGCAUGCUCAGCCUCCACCCAUAGUGCCACCAAUCCCUUUGCAGGACAGCAAACCCCUCCGGACCCUUGCUAUGAUGACACAGGUGCAGCCCGCCGCUGUAUACCCGAGUUUAUCAACGCGGCCUUUGGCAAGGAAGUGAUGGUGUCGAGUGUCUGCGGUCGACCACCAUCCCGUUCCUGCAGUGUGGUGGAGCGGAGCGACGAUCGACCAUCUGUACGCACUUGCCAAAUCUGUGACGCAGCUGAUCCACGCCGUGCCCACCCUGCCUCCUACCUCACUGACCUCAACUCAGCCCACAACCUCACAUGCUGGCAGUCUGAGAAUCUGAACACCUCACCAUACAACGUGACCCUGACGCUUUCACUGGGCAAAAAGUUUGAGAUCACCUAUGUUAGCCUGCAGUUCUGCUCACCAAGACCAGAGUCCUUGGCCAUUUACAAGAGCAUGGACUACGGCAAAACAUGGAUGCCCUACCAGUUCUACUCUUCACAGUGCAGGCGCAUGUACAAUCGACCCAACAAAGCAACCAUCACCAAGCAAAAUGAGCAGGAGGCCCUGUGCACAGAUGGCCACACUGACCUCUACCCACUUUCUGGAGGACUCAUUGCCUUCAGUACUCUAGACGGCCGACCUUCUGGCAAAGACUUUGACAACAGCCCAGUUCUUCAGGACUGGGUGACUGUCACAGAUAUUCGAGUGGUCUUCAGCCGGCCCCAGCUACCACGGGAGCUGGCACUGGGGGCUGGAAGCAACAGUGGAGGGAGGGAUGAUGACCCCACAGCAGUGACAUCAACCUUGCCAACUUAUUUCUAUGCAGUGGGAGACUUCCAGGUGGGAGGGAGGUGUAAAUGCAAUGGACACGGCUCACGCUGUGUGAAAGAUAAAGAAGGAAAACUGGUGUGCGACUGCAAGCACAACACAGAGGGACCCGAAUGUGACCGCUGCAAGCCCUUCCACUAUGACCGGCCAUGGCAGAGGGCCAACGCCCGCGAGGCCAAUGAGUGUCUACCGUGCAACUGCAACCUCCACGCCCGCCGCUGUCGAUUCAACAUGGAGUUGUAUAAGCUGUCAGGGAGGAAGAGCGGAGGAGUGUGCAUGAACUGCCGCCACAACACCGCAGGGCGCCACUGCCACUACUGCAAGGAGGGCUUUUACAGAGACAUGGCCAGACCCAUCACUCACAGAAGAGCUUGCAAAGCCUGUGACUGCCACCCUGUGGGAGCCGCCGGCAAGACGUGCAACCAGACCACAGGCCAGUGCCCCUGCAAGGACGGUGUCACCGGAAUCACCUGCAACCGCUGUGCCAAGGGCUACCAGCAGAGCCGCUCACCUGUGGCCCCCUGCAUCAAGAUCCCUGUGGUCAACCCUACAGCUGUGGUGAGCAGCACAGAGGAACCAGCAGACUGUGACUCCUAUUGUAAACCAGUGAAGGGCAAUCUGAAGAUCAACAUGAAGAAAUAUUGCAAGAAGGAUUAUGCGGUCCAAGUGAACGUCCUGGACAUGGAGACGGUAGGAGACUGGGCCAAGUUCUCCGUGAAUGUGGUGUCUGUUUACAAGAGCCGCGGCGAGCCCCUGAAAAGAGGCGACAACAUCCUGUGGGUGCACAUGAAAGACCUCGCCUGCAAGUGUCCUAAGAUCCAGAUGAGCAAACGAUUCCUGGUGAUGGGCGGCAGUGACGGCGGAACGAGCCCAGGUGCAGGUCCAGGAGUCGGGCCUGGCGGUGGUGCAACUAGUCCAGGGGCAGAACGUGUCGGCCUUGUGGCCGAUAAGAACAGCCUGGUGAUCCAGUGGAGGGACGUUUGGACGAGACGCUUGAGGAAGUUCCAGCGCAAAGAGAAGAAGGGGAAGUGCAGCAAAGCAUGAUGGGAAAGCAGAGUUUACCUCCCCCCUACAUCAUAAACCCACAUCCACUGAUCCCCAAAUCCUCUGUUUCCCCCUAUCAUGGGAACUCUGCACAUUAGAAAGACUGCAUGUACCCUACCUGAUUUAAGGACCACGUUUUUUGUAUAUUGUAUAAUUAUUUUACUUUUUAUUUUUCAAGUAUUGUCUUUGCUAUGUCUUUUGUCCAAUUGGUUUGCCUUAAAAAGGGACCAUUAAAAAGGGUAUGAAGUAUAAAAGCAAACGCCAUCCCCUCUCUCGGUGACGACAGCGGAAAUGUCCACUCGUCCUCCAAGUACGACCCCCACAUCUUCCCCCCUGUCAACACUGACAGUCUCCUGCCACUUUUAUACCAGUGCUCACACUUCACAAGCUUCUCUGUGGAUUUUAUUCAACAGUGUCAGAGAGACUGACUGAUGUCACAGCUUGGAUCAGAAUCACCUGACAACCUUUCAACAUUUGCAGUUUCAUUAAAACAGGCCUACUUGCUCCAGGUCUCUGCAGUAACUUCUACAGACUGUUACUUUAAAACUCUCGUCCCGUGAGGAACCAAGGGCUCCCUUUGCAGGGACAUUUUCCACAGCAAACCUCAGUCUCUCCACCACUGCUGCUGCCACCAGACAUCCCUCACAGAAUAAACUGCUCCUGUAGGCUAUUUGAUGCCACUGCUCUUAUUACAGCUCCUAUUUGUCAAGUGGUUAUGUGUCUAUCUCAUCCAUCCCUAUCCCAGCCGCAUCCUUCUUUGAGAUAUUGCUUAAUGUUUGAUUUGAAGCAGGACAAACCCUGUUAGCAUGUAUGAGUCACAUUCCAGCCCUCCGGGAUUGCGCCUCUUCACCACCAGUCCCUCUUAGCAGUGGUUUAUGAAGUCAUGCAUCACCAUCAUGACUCAUUGCUUGUCACGUUUUGUGGAAGACAGAUUAAGCGUUGUGGACAAAUGGCUGGAUUUUCAGAACAAUACCAAUAUUUCCAAGGAGACGUUAUGGAUAAUGUCUUCCGAUGGGUAGCGGCCCUCCAGAUGUUGCUGUGUGGCCGAUGUCAUGUCUUUGUAUUUAAAUGUCUGAACAUUUUCCUGAUGUGUCCAGUGACUGGCAGGGCUUUUGCUUGCCAAAAAAAGAUAAUGAAACGAGAGUUCCUUUUCAUGCAGUAAAAAAAAAAAAGGAGAAAAAAAAGGAAAAAAAAAAAAGAAAGAAAAACCAAGGCGGAUAAACAACAUAGUUGUGUUUUUCUCUAGCAUAUUUUGACAAAAUGAAUGAGGCUGGAAAGUUUUAAGUGCUCACUGAUUGUAUUAUGACAUGAGAGGAUCAUAUAACAUUCCUCAUGUGCUUUGUUAUGUUUGCAUGUUUGUGGUUUUUUGCUGAUCCAUCAAAACCUUACAGUGAGCAGACUAAGACCUUAAACCAACACGAGCAUCGAGAUCCAAAGCAAAGUCAUCUUCCCCCUACUUGCCUCCCCUCACACAGUCCCUGUCAUCCUUUGCCAAAUAAGCAUAGUCAGUUUUUAAAUUCAAUUAAGAGACUAUGGAAGUCAGGACCAAGUGAAACCACAAAGAGAGCCGUCUGGUUGCUCUCAAGCUUUUUAUCUGCCUUUUACUGUUAUUUCAUUUUGUAAAGCACAUUACAAUUUAUUUAAAUAGAGUACAAGAUAAACACACAGUUUUGAGGGACGCAUCAAGCCGGCGUGUGUGCCGACAGGCAUGUCAUGCUAGCUUGUGGUUACGCCCCUCUGGCUGCGGUGGUAUGUUUGGUUUGUCAUCCAUCCAAAAAUGUCUCUUCUCUGCUCUUUUCUCCAUAUCAGCCACCACCCGCCCCCCAAGCUCUCUCUUGAACCCUUUUUGCAUGUUGUGUAUUCAGUGUUUCUAGAUAAGUGGCAGCUUAAAACAAGGCUGUCAGAACUCUUCGGUGGUGUACUGCAUUGCACUGUACUUCUUGUUUCCACAUCUUUGGAGAAUGUAUGUCAAACUGUGAAGAACACAGUCAUGCAGGUGUAUGGUUUGAUUGUGUUUGUGAAAUAUUGUUACUAAGCUUAAGAAUGUGGACGCUGAUGCUAUUAUAAACUAUGAACAGGGUUAGAUGUUGUUCAAAGACUGUUGAUAUUUGUGCUUUUCUGUCUUAUCAUCUAAUCCAAAAACAAACAUGUAACCAAAAUGAGUUAUCACCCACUACGAUUGCUGGUGUGAGACAAAACAGCAGUGAUAGGCGAAAAUCCCCACUGUUGGAAUUUCACAAAAAUGCAGAACCAAAUAGUCAAUGGUAGCUGUCUGAUACAGCCUGUCAGACAGGUGGUGUUACAGUAGCAGCAGUGUCCUCUUCAUGGUAUAACUGAUGGUCAAAUUACGUGCUCCUGAGGCCUCCACUCCUGAAGCGCUCCAACACUUGGCAGUGUCCUUGAAUGUGGAGUUUCAUGACUCCUUCUCUUACUAUUGGCUCUUCAGUGCCCACCCUGAAUGUCGGACUUAAGAUAAGAAGUGAGCCAGAUGUUGUUUUUGGGGGUGGAAGUGUAGUCUUGUGAAAGCUAUUUAGUGAGCCUCAUAGGGAGAGCCGUCCUGUUGUUUUACGUUAACAAGCCGAGCAGUUUGGCAGUGGAACUGAGGCCCUAACGGCUUUACUUUUUUUUACCCCCUCCUUUGCAGCAUUUAUAGCACUCACAGGUGUGUGUGUGUGUUUGUGUGUCUAAUUAACCCUACCCACGUAAACAAGUGAUAUGCACAUGAAGUGAAAAUGCAGAGAGGUUGCUCUCAUUUGAAGGCAGCCACCCUUGACAAUGAAGAAUUUUCACUUCCUGGCAUGAUUUUCUGUUUCACUUCCAUCCUGUUACAUUUUGUUCAUCAAGUCUCGACACAUUUUUAUUGUUGUAAAUAUGUACUGAACUUCCUCUGCCAAUCAUGUUGUCUUUUGUAAUGCAUCACUUGGCCCUGAAUGACUCACGUGUAUGGAUGUACAAACCAGAUGAUGUUAUAUGGAUGUCGAAACCAGAAACAUAUGCUUUUGUGAUCACCACCAGAAGAUGUGGUUCGAAUAUUACACAGAAUGUAUUCCUUUUUUGGAUUUAUGUUGUUUCCAGACAACUACCACCCGAUUGCUAAUGACUUUGAGGAGUAAAAAAUGUGACAGGGGCUAAAGGACCUCUGAUUUUCCGACAGAGGGAGCUGACACAACAAACCCAUCACUUUCAGUAUUAAUGUCUUGAGAACAAUCAUUCACUCUCACAAAAACAGUCUUCCUACCGUUCUUCAGGAACAAAGGGAUCCUUCCCUCACUUCAGUCUGGCCGCUCACUUCUGUUCAAGUUUCCUUGUACAUUUUCCUCUGAGGCAAUGAACCACUGACUUUUUAAUCUAAAUGAUAAAAAAUAAAU